ACAUAACUGGUCUACUCUGGCCUCAAAUCAGGAGGCCUGGAGACACACCAUCUAUAACGCAGCUGUCUCCUUUGAGAACACACGCAGGAUCACUCUCGAGGAGAAAAGGCAACGCAGAAAGAACCGUGUUCUGCAGAAUAUACCACCUAAGGAGUCUUUCUGCUGUGCUUUUUGCAAUCGGAUAUGUCUGUCUCGUAUUGGCCUCAUAAGUCACCAACGUGCAUGCAACAAAUGUGGAUAGAGCCUUCCCAAAUCUUCGUUCACGAAGCCCAGCCAUGAUGAAAUAUGAACUCAUUGUAAUAUAGAUGUUCAGAAUAGUAUAUUUUAAAAAUUGCUUUAUAAUCAAUCAAGUAUUUUAGGCUACCUCAUAGAACACAAAUUAACCCCUGGAAGUAUGUGUAGCUUCUGUAAGGGUAGGCUAAAUCAAACUGCAAAAUUUCUGUUCUCUUAACCACAGAUACUUAAUGUAUGCAUUGGUAUAUCCUAAGUACUGAGGAUACACAUGAAUUACCCUGUAUCUCAAUAAAAAGAAGUAAGAUUGGAAUGAACUUGAGUCUUUGAGCUUCCUGCCUUGAUUUUUUUGUCACCUGACAUUUCAAGGUAGCAUAAACCAGUAUCUCAUGUUAAACAGUAUACUGUAAUAAGUAAUCUUUGCUUUAAAGCCUGGCUAGGAUUGCUUUCCUGUGAUACUCAGUCUACAAAAAAACUUUGGUUUUGAAAUAAGUCAUAGGUCAGAGAGCUUCUAUUCAGAGUACCUCAUUACUUAAUAACAACAACAAAAACAGUAAUAGCAUCCUAGCAUACCCAAGGAGGAGGAUUCCCUCCCAUCUUGAAUGUUAUCCAGAUCAUUUCAGCAGAUAGCUUAUGAUUUCAGAAGUUAUUACUUCUUUUGAAUUUCCAAGACUUCUAGUUACAGUUAUAUGCUGCUUGGUAGGAACAGGUAUUCACAAUGUAAAUAGGAUCAAGGUUUUUUAUUGUUGCACUUUGAGGCAGAGCUGGUUUUUUGUCAGGUAUUUUUUUUGUCAGGUAUGGAAUGGCAGCCCCAAGCUAUCAGUGGUAUUAGUGCAAGUCUAGAGAUUCACCAUUCAAAAAUACACAACUACUUUGCAUUUACAAGAAAAGUGCAUACAAUUCUUACAGGAAUAACUACUACCUAGGUGCAUAAAAUUACUGUUAGCUCGGAAAAAUUGACGUAGAUACGUGGCUUCAAAUAAUUUCUUGAGAGGAAACUCCAGAUAAAGAAGCAAAAUGUUAGUUUAUGCCACAUUAAAGUCUCGUGACUGAAUUCAGGCCUUUGUACCUGUUACAUCUACCCCAUCUGCACAAAAGUCAGGAGCACCACCCCAAGAAAUCUAGAGAACCAUCACCAGAAACUUCCAGGGACACAAAAACUCACCUGUGAGAGAAGCAGCUUGGCACUGCUAUGAGUCGUUUGCUAUUCUGCUAUUUGAUUAAUUGUAAAGGAAUUCAAAAAAUAAUAAAACAACCCAACAAACAAAACACAACAACAAUCUCCUCUAACAAUUAUUAUGCAUAGCAGAGCUUACCUUCUUACUACAUGAAUGCAGUCAUGUCCUCAGUCCUGUAUUCAUAAUGCAGGCUAGCACUCCAGUAAAACAAAAUCUGCAUCCUUUUGAAGUCAGGAAAGCCAAAGAAAACCCUGAAGACAGCACAUGGCUCCAGAUGUAGAGAGAUUGUUCUCUAUCUGUACUGCAACAGCCCAUAGAGCCUGUAUAUGUACUUGGAAGAGGAAGCUCUUGCUUUAUACUUCUACAGGCACAACUUUUUUUUCUUAAUUAAAUUUAGUCUUCCCUGUUUUGGCUUGUCAAUAUUGAACUGAUCAGACAAUUUCCAACUCUGCACUAAAACACAUCUCUUCCUGUGGAUACCUACUUUCCCCACUCACUUUCACUAACUCCUUAGUUCCUAAGCUCCAGAAAGAGGCUGUGGUAAUUGGGCAGCUGUAAUUAGGCUGCAGCUGAUGUUCACAACAACAUUAAGCAAUCUUUUCAAUUAGAGAUUUGAUGAUACAGGUGCACAGUAGUUUACAGGAGUUAGCAGUCAUUAGUUUGUCUGAAAAAUUUGGGAAUCCCUUUGCUACACUAUUUACAGCUCUUAGUUACCCAAACAAGCCAAUCUUCUGAUAGCGGCACUUUGAAAUGGUGCCUUUCUCCCACCUCUGUAUGUCUGUGUCGUAAUUACCCAAGAGGAAUGGAAACUGAACAGCCCCGUCAGUCUCUUGGACUUUGUUUUUUCUCAGCAAACUCUUUCUUUACCUGAUGUAAGGUGCUUAAGUUAAAAAUUUAGUGAGGAAGAAAAGCAGAGCUUGUGGCUUGCACCACUGCUACCAAUGCAGCUUGCUGGCAUGUGCCGAAGGUAUGGGCUGCCUAGCCUUCUUUCAAAGUUUUACUUCCUGAGGGACGUGUUAGGCAAGAGAACAUCACAGCUUUCCCAGAGGCUUAAAAUUAAUCUGGCAUCCACUGGAGUUUACUUAUCUACCCAUUUCAUAGAUUCCCAAACACUCUUUUUGUCUUGAUGCACUUAGGAGUUACUACAAGCCUUCAAAAUUUCUUUGUUCCUCUUCUUUUUGAGGGGUGGAGGAGAAGUUGCCAUGCACCCCACCAAAUUCCUUCCUAGCACUUUUCUCCUUAAAUUCAGACAGCUGUGAAAUUGUUUCCCACAGAAGCUGGGUUCUUCAUUUCACUCUCCAGGGAACACUUUAGUGUGGUUGUUUGGUUUAAGCUUCAAGCAAACUCUUUAGAGCUGUGUUUUCAAAGAUGCGUAAAACAUGGCUUAGAGUUAUAUAAGUAUCUUGGCACCUGACAGGCCCAUGUCAAGGCAAUUUAGAAAGUGAAAUAAAUAUUUAUCAGAAUUAUUGGGCACUACUUGCCUUUGGGACUGCUGCCCUUGAUUUUUCAAGGUUUUGGGUUUCGCACAUAUGAAGUGUAGGGACAGUACCCAUCUACUGCAUGUUAUAUGGAUAAAACCUAUUUAUUAACAGCACUUUGAGAUCCUCAGGUGAAGAAAUGCUUUUACAUCAACUUAAUAUAACUGUAGUGGAUUGACAGGAUAAAUCAUUGUUAUCUUUAGGUAUGAUUCUGCAAGAACCACAGCAUCUUUGAUUUCCAGCUUUGUUCAUAAGGGUCACAAGAGUUUAUGCUUACAUAUACACUUAUUUAGUGGAACAGCUAAAUGCCUGAUCAUGACACUUCUUUUUCCUCCUUUAUACUACAGGUCCAGAAGCACUACGGUACUUGAUUUAGUUUUCAUUGCUAAGCCACAAAAACUGCAAACAUGUCUCUGGAAGACAUCCACAUGAACACCCAGGAUUUGCUUGAACAAAAACAGUUAGAUGCUGGAGGAUUUGGAACCAUUUCUUUAUGCUUUCACAAGAAACAUGGAUAUGUAGUAUUAAAAAAAGUGUAUACAGGACCACAGCGCACUGAAUACAAUGUUUCCCUCCUUGAAGAAGGCAGGAUUAUGCGCAGACUGCAGCAUGACCGUGUGGUAAAACUACUGGGUAUCAUUUUGGAAGAUGGAAACUACUCACUUGUGAUGGAGUAUGUGGACCGGGGGAACAUGAUGAAAGUGCUACAGCAACUCUCACUGCCUUUGUCAGUGAAAGGGCGUUUUGUGCUGGAGAUCACAGAAGGAAUGCUUUAUCUGCAUGAGCAAGGCUUUGUACACAAAGACUUAAAACCAGAAAACAUCCUUGUGGACAGAGACUUCCACAUUAAGAUUGCAGAUCUCGGUGUUGCCUCCUUUAAGAACUGGAGUAAGCUAACCCAUGAAGAAACUGUCCGACAGAAGCAAAUCAAGAGCACUUGCCAGAACAAUGCUGGGACUCUUUUCUAUAUGGCCCCAGAGCAUUUACUCAGUGUUAAUGCAAAACCAGUGGAAAAAUCAGAUGUUUACAGCUUUGGCAUAGUGAUCUGGGCAAUUUUUGCUAACAAGGAACCAUAUGAAAAUGGUAUAAAUGAAGCCCAGAUUUGCUUUGGCGUCAUAAAUGGAAACAGACCAGACUUAAAGGAGAUCACUGAUAAAUGUCCAGUGGAAAUUAUUGACAUAAUGAAACAAUGCUGGGAGCAAGAGUCAGAGAAACGGCCAACCUUUGCAGAAAUUAGUGAAAGAUACAAGCCAUUUUACUACCAAAAUCUAGGAAAAAAUAUCGAAGAAGAUCUGAAGAAUUUAAAAAAAAUAUGGCCUGAGUCAAAUGAGCUUCUGAAUAGAAUGGAAUCCCUCCAAAUAGAUGCUGUACCAGAAGAUACCAGUAAUGGUGAAGUAGAUCAGCCUAAUUCUCUACACAGCUCUCAAGGUCCCGAGACCAGUCAUGUUAAUGAAGCCCUGUUUGCUGCCUCCCCCAAGAACCAGCCUGUUGAGAGCUGCGAGACCUCUUUUGCACCUGCUGAUAAUCUAGAAAGAAAACUUCAGUGUGAAUACAACUAUCAUGUAUUUGGGAGCCGGAUGGAUAAAGCAGUUCCACCGGUACUACACACCCCUGAAAUGAUAGAGGAAGAAAGGAGACGGAGAGUUUCCUGCGAUCCGUUUGCAAAGCCAUCUCCUACUUCCCAAAAGAGUGAACUGCAUCCAAGAGCUGAAAAAACAGGAUCAAACACUAACCCAUAUGUCUGGUCAAACCACGAUCCAAAUUUCUGGCCACAGGCAGGAUCAAACACUAAACCAUAUGUUCGAUCAAACCCUGAUCCAAACUUCCGGUCACGGGCAGCUGCAACAACACCAAACCAGGGAACAGUUUUUUAUGGGCCAAACCGUAACAGUCUUCUAACAGGAAACCCAGAGGAUCUCUAUGGAUUGUGUUUAGCCAGCAACUUCAGCCUAAGUAAACCUCCUGUGCCAGAAUCUGGCCAAAACCUGCAGUCACAAACCAAUGUAAACUGGUAUUCGAAGAAUUCAGACACAGAUACAGGUAACAAGGAUUCCACUUCUUUCUCAAGGGGAACUUUUGCAUAUUAUCCUAGCUCACCAGGAGUAAGCCCAGUCCCUUAUACAGAUGACUCAAUCAAAUACAACAUUAGUAACAGCUCUGGAAUUCAAAUUGGAUCCUACAACCACAUGAAGAUUGAAGAGCACAAUCAGCACAUCAGCACUUCUCCUGCUGCUACAGAAGCAAAUUAUAGACAAUAUGAAGCAAUGGGUAUAUUUGAUGAUACUACUGUCCUGACUGCCAAACAUCUGAAUCUAGUGAGAGAAAAGUUGGCUAAGCAGUGGAAGCACUGUGCUCGGAAACUGGGCUUCUGUGAUCCCGAGAUUGAUGAAAUUGAUCAUGAUUAUGAACGAGAUGGACUAAAAGAAAAAGUUUACCAAAUGCUGCUUAAGUGGGAAAUGAGGGAAGGCUCCAAAGGUGCUACAGUUGGAAAACUUGCCAAGGCCCUCUUUGGCUGCCAAAGACUGGAUCUCCUUACUAGUUUGAUGCUAAUCAAGGAUGAAUAAUUUGACUGAGAACUGUGGGAAAGUGAGGGUAUUUUUUCCUGAAGACCUUCCAAUAACAAAUAAUUCUGAACAGACUUUCUGGAAUUCUCCUUCUUGCACAGACUUUUUGGAACAUAGUUUUUCUGCCAAGCAGUUUUCAAUGAAUACCUUCAGUAAAUCAAAAAGUUUAUGUCACGAUAUUUGGCCUUCCAAAGGAUAAAAUAAAUUAAGCAUCUUCCUUCUGAAUAGAAUGAUUGUCCAGAGAUAACAACAACAAUGCAAUGCAAAUAUUGAUUCAAGGAGAAUGUGUUACACAAAAUUUCUGGAUUCUACAUUCUGUCUUGAAACCUUUUGGGACCCUUGUUCAGUUCAGAACAAAAGCAUGUCAUUUCAACAAAGCAAUAUAUGAGUAAUAAUAUGCAAAAGACUGACCUACUUUUUGAAAAACUUGUACAGAGAAUUAAAUCAACUGUUAAAUUUUGCCAGAAGUGCCAAUUGCUUUAAGUCAAUAACAUUAUUUUUCAAAUAUUUUUAUAAUUUUUAUUAAAUACAUGUGUCUAGAAUUAUGCAGAACAGCAGCAUAAAUAAAAGCAAAAACUAUUUCUGGCUUUAAAAGGCUAUACUUGAUAUUUUACAGAUUAAUAUUGCAUUACUUUUUUACAUUGUUUGGUAGAAAAGAUUUUACAUGUCAAGUUUCUUAUCUGCUUUAUGAAACAGUGAAAAAAUAAAUUCAAUCUGUAUUCAAUCCAA